GUUAACUCAGUAAGCUAUGGAUGAGACUGUAGAGAAGAAUUCCAGACCGUUGGCCAUGCAGCGUUGCCGUUGACUCGCAGCGAGCAUGAUUCUUUGGCACCGAAGAAGCGAGUCUAAGACAACUUUGGUGUCAUCUACACCGAAGAGGAGACCGAAGAGGCGAGACCACAAAUGUUUGCCUUUCCCAAAUUUCUAACUUCUUCUCGUUGAAGCUAGGAUCAUGAAGAUUCUAGCAGACCAGACGAAGAGGCUAGAUCUGGCUGCGGCGAUGCUUUCGUAAACCUGUCGUCUGAAUUUUCGACUCGUCAGAAUGAGAACCUGAACACGCAGAGUUAUCCCAACUGGCCUACACACGGCGUCGUGGUCGAGAAGGCUCAGUAUCAUGCAACGGCGGCAGAGCCAAGGCUUAACGGCACCGCGUCGGCUUACUCGACCCCUCACCUCCGUCUUUGCGCACCGUCUCCCGUCCUGCCCCGUCAACCCGUUCGAAUCUGGCUCCGUCUUGCUGGGGCCCCUCGCAACAUCGCAGCCCGUUCGAAGCGGGUCCAUGACAGAUGCAAAAGAGACAGCAGCGGUCUCCAUUCCCAUCCCUGCCCGCACCACCAUCAUCCCUCCACCCGGUUCAAGCUCUUCGACCAGGCCCAGAUGGCGGCGGCGGCGAUUCUUCUUUCGCUCUUGGCUUCCCCAUCACGCUAACCAGAACACCACACCAGGGACCAGGAACAAGGAGGGUGCGAGAGGGACUGCUAUGCACCUAAGCAGCCCACGAGCUGGUGCGCUAUCUGGGGGUCCAAUCGACGACCCUGGCCUCCAUUGGAUUGUUGCGUUGCCGGUGUGUACGUUGUGGUCCUGGCAAUGUCUGUCGAAAUUUUGCUUACCUACGUACUUACGAACCAGAGGAUACUGCUUUACACAUGAGCAUGUAGCUUCUGCCCUACUAACUAGUUUCCCCGAGUUCUGCUUGACGUACCGGCACCCUGUCCGGGACCUAGCUUUGUGUGGUGCGUCUCUUCUCGCAUGCGUCGCGCCAUAUAUAUUUCCUCUCAGCCCGGUUGCAAAGCAUCAUUGUGUAGCUUAGUUCGCAUUACACAUCUCCUUCCGGACACACCUUUCCAGACGACGCGUUGCCCAUCUACUUCCUCGUAUAUAUCAUCCCAUUC